GUAAUUACAAAGUAUAAAUUUAGAGAGAUCCUACAUGUUUAAAGUGGAAAUUACCUAACGGAUAAAAAUACAUAAUUUCUCACAAUGCCAGAAAAGCCUGGAAAACGCGAAAGCAAGAACGAAUCUAAAGGUGAGCCAAAGUUUCUAACUGGUAAGAUGUAUGAUAUUCUGCCAGAGAUUCCAGAGGACCGCAAGUCAAGACCCAAAAAAGCGGCUAAAAGACCAUCACUCGGGAAAAUGUACGAUAUUUUACCAAGUAUCGGUCCAAACGUGUACUCAUACGAAGAUUUCCAAAAAAUGUAUGAAGAUUCUGUCAAGUCGGAGGAUGCUUUGAGGAAAUGCUUACACGCGCCAUCCAGUGAUGCAGUACUAAACCAUGUGACAAAUGACCAGGAACUCGCUGAAGCUUCCACGAAACGGUCAUCGUCUCCACUCAGAGAUGUGAAAAAGCGUCGCAUGCCAAAGAGGGCCCGUCUCCCGGAUACAUAAACUUUCUUUUUUAAUCUUAAGUGUGAUGGUUCAAGAUUUCACAUAUUUGCUUGUUUAAAAAAAAUGAUUUAAUGUAGCAAUAAAAUUAUUCAAGUCUGUUCUUUCAAA